AUGCAAGGCUUCAACAUGGGUCGCUACCGGCCCCCCACCGCCGAUCCCCGCACCACACCCUUCAACGCCACCCACCCUCUCGGCGCCCGCGCUCGUCGCCUCCACACCCACGGCAUCCUCGUCGUACGCUUCGAAAUCCCCUUCAACGUCUUUUGCCUCUCCUGCUCCACCCAUCUUUCCCAAGGUCUACGCUUCAACGCUGAGAAACAGCAAGCUGGAGAAUACCUCUCUACGAAGAUCUGGAGCUUCGCUGUCAAGUGUCCUUCGUGUUCGGGUCGAAUCGAGAUCAGGACCGAUCCGAAAAACGCACAGUACGUGGUGGAAAGUGGGGCCAGGAAGCAGCAGCAGGAUUGGGAUCCGGAGGAGUACGGUGGUUUUGCAGUGUACGAUAGUAAGAAGGGAGAAGAGAUUGAGCCGAAGGAUGCUUUUGAUAGGCUGGACAAGGAGAAGGCGGAAACGAGGUUGGCAGAGCAGAGGCAGAAACGCGUGCAAGAGCUGCAGCAUGUAGCAGAGAGGAGAGGCUCAGAUCCGUACGCAGCGAAUUCGAGAUUGAGGAGCGACUUUAGGAAGGACAAGAGGAAACGAGUCGGUCAGCUGGAGAAGGACAUACAGUUGAAAGAACGGAUCGGGUGGAGAGACGACACGAUGCUCGCUGAAGAACUCACCCCCACGCUCACCCCCACGGCAGCCCACAGGGAGAAAGCGCUGUGGAACCAAGCCAGCACGAGCAGACGGAAGCUACGCAGCAAAAGCGAAAACCCGGCGGAAAGGUUGAAAGCCUCCUUGGUGGCUGCUACGCUGAAGAAGAAGGAUCCUUUCUGGAAGGAGAUCGCUGCUACUAAGGGAGCAGAAGGAGAUGCUUCGAAAGCGUCGAAACGCGCCUGA